CGACAAAGCCUUGUUAAGGCGAUAACAUGUUGCGUAAUCUCCGUAGAUUCUACCAUACAAAUAUGCUGAACUGCAUGCGAAUUUUUGUGAUCUGAUGCCCAGAAUAAAACUCGCCUUGGGAGAUUUUUGUGCAUGGACACCUGUCUUGUCUUUGCAAUAGACCAGCUUCAGUGGUAUGCUACAUUGUAGAUAGCACACAUUGAUGAUGUCAGGACAAGAUGGCCAGAAGAAAGAGGGAAAGAGGCCGGUACUCGACCCCAAUUCCCUGAAACCAUGGCAUCAAAUGGUUGCCUCUGGCAGUGGUGCUCUCAUCACUGCUAUUACAAUGACCCCACUUGAUGUAGUGAAGAUAAGACUACAAGCUCAGGCAAAACCUAUGAAGAGUGGUCAGUGCUUUUUCUACUGUAAUGGUCUUAUGGACCACAUGUGUCACUGUCUAAAUGGCUCAAAACCAGGGACAACUGCUCCGUGGUACAAGGCACCCAGCAAGUUUAAUGGAACAUUGGACGCAUUUGUGAAGAUAGCAAGAAAUGAAGGGGUUUUCAAGUUGUGGAGUGGUCUCUCUCCCACUCUUUUGAUGGCGCUACCUGCAACUAUCCUCUACUACACCUCCUAUGACCAGUUAAAGUAUCGUCUUGACUACAAGCAGGGAGUCAAAGGAGAAUUCUGGAAACCCAUGCUGGCAGGGGGCGGUGCAAGAUUAUUUGCAUGCACAGUGAUUGCCCCGCUUGAGCUUAUACGCACCAAGAUGCAGUCCCGUCCUUUCACCUACGCAGAGAUGAUAGGGUGUGUCCGCACGGCUGUCUCAGAAGAGGGCAUCAUGUCUCUAUGGAGGGGAUGGAGCCCCAUGGUCUGGAGAGAUGUGCCUUUCUCAGUUAUAUUAUGGCUGAACUAUGAACCUCUGAAGGCAAGAAUAUGUAAAGAAUAUGGUCUCACAACUCCAACAUUUCCCAUAGCAUUCUUCUCAGGAGCUUUUGCUGGCACAGUGGCAGGAGUCCUGACACAGCCCUUUGAUGUAUUAAAGACACACAGACAGCUAGAGAUGGGGGAGAUUGGAGACAUGAGAAGAUCAAAAGAAGUGUCAAGUAGCACCUUAAACAUCAUGAAGAGGUUAUAUGCUGCAAAGGGACUGAAUGGCUUAUAUGCAGGUACUUUACCCAGACUCUUCAAGAUAACCCCAGCUUGUGCCAUCAUGAUCGGCUCCUAUGAGUUGGGUAAAUCAGUCUUCCUCGCUGACGUCAAAUGAGAAGAGUACCGGACCUGUUUCACAAAGCAUUUUUUCAAUGACAAAUGACAAGUAUCAGUGACAAAUCUGCUGAUAACCAAUCAGAAGCAAGGAUUUCAGUAGCUUAUAACAACAACUGUCAUUUUUCACUAAUGCAAGUUUUGUGAAACACCCCCUGGUAGACACUCCUAUUCAUUCUCAAAGAUGUCAUAUCUCCAGAUAGCUUCUAGCAUCUGAUAUCACUUGAUAUCGUCUGAAUCACGGUGCCUUAUCAGACGAGCGUCUGACUUAACCAUGCUGAUGGCAGACAUUAAUGUGGUGCAGAUAUUAUUUUCAUUUCUCUUUCUUUAAAAAAUGAUGUACUCUUUGGGGUAAAUGCUUAUCUUUGUUUGAACAUUAAAGAUCAUAACCUGCAAAUGAUCAUUAAUUCUUUAUGAUUUUUUUCAAAAUGUACUCAGGAUGUGAUUUGGUCACGAGAGUGGUUCCCAGCAUUCUUUUUUAAUCCACUGUUUUAAGCAUGUUACAGGUCACACUGACACACUGCUCAUAAGUGGGUCUAUUUUAAGUUUUAACUAUUAAAUUGUAAUAUUAUGAUGCAGAGAAUGUUUGUAUUUUAUUGAUAGAUAAUACUCCCUGCUUGGACAAAAAUCUGCUUGGACAAAAACUGCUUAUGGUUGAUAAUAUUAAAAAAAAAAUUUGCUCAUA